AUGGACACAAUCAGAUCCCUCCUCUCCUACCUUAUCCCCAGUCUCCCCCCCUCUGAACCCUCUCCCAUCACCCUCCACGGCCCUACAGGCCGCUACCCCACAAGCCCAGAACACGACUACACUUUCACGCUCCCAGACGGCCGCACACUCGGCUAUGCACAGUACGGCUCACUUACAGGAAAGUCGAUCUUCUUCUUCCACGGGCUCCCCGCAUGCCGCAUUGAGGGCGUCUACUUCCACGAGCUAGGCUUGAAAUAUGGAGCGAGGAUUAUUGCUACGGACAGACCAGGUCUGGGCUUGAGUUCUCCGCAUCCGGCCAGGAUUUUGCUGGAUUACCCGAGGGAUAUCGAGAAGUUGGCGAGACAUCUUGGGGUCGAGGAGUAUGCUAUCAUGGGUGCCUCCGGCGCCGGCCCCUCCAUCCUCGCCUGCGCCUACGCCCUCCCCCCUUCCUCCCUCAAAGCCGCCUCCCUAAUCUGCUGCUGCGGCCCCUCCAACCUCAUCGGCCACCGCGGCGGCGCCUGGGCCCACAAACUCGGCUUCCCCUACGGCUGGCGCUACUCCCCCGCCUGGCUAAUUUCCUGGGCUAUGAAGAACAUCUUCCUGGGCCCCGUCGGCCGCGUCGACCUACCCAUCGAGACGCGCGUUAGACAGAUGCUGCAUCCGAAAAUGCUGGCUUCUCACCAUGCUAAGGACUUGGACAUCAUGAAAGACGAGGAUGCGCUGUGGACUAUGGUGACCUCUGCAAACCGCGCGUACGGACACAGUUUUGCAGGCGCGUGCCAGGACGGCGCCGUCACGUGCAGUGACUGGGGUUUUAGGAUUCGGGAUAUCCGCGGCGAUUUGCCAGUAAUGAUGUGGUAUGGGACGCUGGAUAUGAAUGUGCCGAUUAGUCAUGGGGACUACAUCGCGGCGGAGCUUGGGUUAAGGGCUGGGGCGGAAGGGAAAACAGAGUACCACGUGAGCGAGGAUACGCAUACGAGUGUUUUCUUCAAUAAUAAAGAGGAGGCGUUGAAGGAGGUGUUGAAGACGUUUUGA